AUGUCCAGCGACCAGCCGGGCGGCUGUGACCGCCUCAGUUCCAGCGAGGGCAGCCACACCAGCUCCAGCAGGAGCGCGAGCAACGCCAGCGCGGCCGACGCGGACGUCGACGGGGCAGCCGCCAUGGGGAAGCCGCGGACACCGCCGCAACUGCGCGCGGCCGACGCCAAGGGCCAACUCUCGCCGCAUGCAUCCUCCGCCGGCUACCACUUUUACGCCUACGAGUCGACCCAGCUUCAGCACGCCGACUUUGCUGCGUACGGAUACCGUGCGAAGCCCAAGCCCUGUAACACUGACUGUAUCUUGUGCCAUGUCAUCAGCCCGAGCGACCAUUUCGAGGGGCAGGCACACGGGCAGUCGGUGGCCAUGGUGCAGUCGCAGCAGCAGCAUCACCAGCUCAGCCCGCUGGGGCAUCACCAGCAACAGUUCAACACACUGGAGCAUCACCAGCACCAGCUCAACAUACUGGAGACACCACUGCAUCACCACCAGCAGCAGCAGCCGCAACACAGCCCACCAUCUCCUGCAGAGUCCACCUACCUCGCACAGGACUCCUAUCAGUACAGAGUGAACUUCUCCUCACGUGACUGGCAGUCAGCACCAGAUCAGCAUCAGCUCUACCAUCAGCACCAGCAGCAGCAACAACAACAACAACAACAACAGUAUCACCAGCAACAGCAACAACAGCAGCAGCAGCAGCACGCGCUCGUGGCCUCUGGCUCGGCGCGCAGCCCGCUAGCUCCGGGCAACGGCUGCAACAGCGUGAACAACGCCAACAACAGCGAUGAAGAAAACAACCCGGUGGCCGCAGCGGACAACGAUUAG